GAAGAUUUUGACUCGAUACCUAUUAUUGAUUUUUCAGAACUGCUAUCUGAGGACGCGAAUGCUCGCCGUAAACUGGCCGAGAAAAUCUACGUUGCCUGCAGCACAGUGGGCUUCUUUUAUGCUGUAAAUCAUGGAAUUCCGCAAGACGUGACAGCAAAUGCUUUUGAAUGGUCUAAGAAGUUUUUUCACGGAUUAACAACUGCUCAAAAGAUGAAAAUCGACACAGCGCUUUUGCCUGAUUCUCAGUAUCAGGGCUACUUCCCUUUCGGUAGCGUGAAUAAGAGCCAAAAGAAAUUAUCGGACUUGAUGGAAGCGUUCAAUAUCAAUUACGACUACCGCUAUGACCCUGAUAAACCAUCGAAGCCAGAUGCAAAGCAGUCAAAUUUCAUCAAUCUUUGGCCAGAUGAAGACCUUCCCGAAUUUAAGCUCCAUAUUGAAGCCUAUCAUGCAGAAUGCCUGAAGUUUUCAAGAAGGUUGGUUAAGCUUAUAGCCAUGGCACUAGGACUUUCGCCUGAUUACUUUGACGAUGCUAUCAGAUAUCCGACGGCUGGGCUUCGGAUAGCACACUACCCAAAACAAGAAGCUUCUGCCAACGACCAAAAUGGGCUUGGUGCGCACACAGAUUUCGAUUUUAUUACUUUAGUCAAUCAAGGGAAUGUAGGUGGACUUCAGGUGCUGAACAAAAAAGGCCAAUGGAUUAAAGCUCAGCCGCUAACAGGUUCUCUGGUCGUCAAUGUCGGCGACUGUCUCAUGCGCCUCAGCAACAAUAGGCUUAGCUCCACUGUACACAGAGUUGUGAAUGAAAGUGGUCAGGCCAGAUACUCUAUGCCGUUCUUCUUUGGCCUCAACCAGAACUAUGUUAUGGAAGGACUUCCAUCAUGCGUUAGCGACGACAAUAAAUAUAUGUAUCCUGUCACGACUGUCGGGGAAUAUCUUGAAUGGCGA